AGCGGGUAGAACUCGUCUGGGAAAUCUUAGGCAGCUCGCCGAAUAGAUUCGAAUCAUCAUAACUUCUUGAUCAUCGUCAGCGAUCUACUAAUGUCGAGAAAGAUGCGUGUCCUGUCAUCUGUUCAUGCUGUGACGUAUCGGAUGUUCGGAGCUCGAACACGACUCUUGCAGAACGAUGUAAACAAGCAGUGUGACGUCGACAGUGGAACACAAUGAAAAUGCGACUUUCGUUGACUGCAACGUGACAUACGAAGUUUUCCUACCUUCGACAAUUUCGUUGAAGUAUGGAUCAUGACGCGUGCUUUUCUGGCACCGACGGUCGUCUUCAGCAGUGCUAAAGAUUUCGCAACAUAGAUCACGGCUGCGUCGCUUACGGUACCUGGAAUUGCUGUAGUGCCUUCUCGAUCACUUUUCGCGAGGCAAAACAAGUGCACUGUAUGAAGACAGAGGAGCGUGCGAAGUGAGGAUGCUCGGUGGGUAAGGAGUGCUUUCGCUGAUCAGGUUUUCAUGGUUCUCAGUUUCAUACGUUUUUUGCAGAUGCAGCGGCCACGACGAGCGCCCAGGUAAGGGCGUUGAGAGGUGUUAAUGUUCGCAAUCUUAAAAAGCAGGCGCGCGGACCGUAGUAUCUUGCAUACUGAAAAACACUGUGUCCACUCUUCCAGCUGCCGACAGCGUCUCUAGGCUACGAGGACGAAACCGGAAACGUGCAUCGAAUUUCGUCGCUGCACAAAAGUUGUAGUUGUAUUACAACUCAACACUAGAAGGAAGAACACGAAAAUGCCGCCGAAACGUAAGAUGAAGGCGGCUCCUGCGCCAGAGCCGGAGGCGCCGAAGAUUCAUCCUGAGGUACAGAAAGUCCUGGACUUCGAAGCACUACUAGAGGCGGAAGAGCAACAGCAGACCGCCGCUCGACUCGCGAAGGACAAUUAUGGGUAGUAAUUAUCUCAUUAUCCCGCGUGACGGAUCCUCAUCCUCUUCCUCAAUUGCAAAGUCUUCUUUUUGAAAUGUUUAAGGGGAAAGGAGGGGAAAAAUGCAAGGCACUGGCGCUGGCAUCUUGCAAUAGCUCUAGUGCAGCUAGUACUCAUUCGAGUAGAGAACGAAAAUUUACCUCUAAAACAAGAUCAUGCAGCGCUGUUUCGAAGCUUUCGGCCAUAAUCUCUGCGGUCCAGAUCCGAUUUUCAAUGCGAGCUCACUCGCACUUUACGUUGAGGUACUUAUUUCGAUAGCAAAUCUACUCACAAUUUAUUAAUUUCUGACUCUCUCAACAUUAGCGAGGUGCCCGUUCCCUCUGUUCUGCUUCUGUCGUUGUUGCGGAGCACCUCUGAGCCCUUCUUGUUGCCAUGGAGUUGUUUAUUGGAGAAAUUCGUCGCAACCGAGUCCAGUAACAUGUUCCUACUUUUCGUGCUGAUCAGAAUCUCAAUUUUCAGGUUUGGCUGAUUGCGCGGGAGCUUGGGCAUGACGUGGACGAGAAUCCCGAAGUCAUUUUCGACAUCCCAAAUCAGUUGGAGCAGAUGCAUGCGGAACGCGACAACCCCCUCUACAUAUUAAGGCUUUUUAGAAGAUGAUUCAUUCAGGACUAGCUACGUUACAUGUGGAGGCUCUUUAGAUGAUCCCGGACUUGUAAGGAUUUCAUAUAUCUACUCUGCAUCUUAGUGCUCUUCAACAGAUGAUUCGUAAGUACGGAAUAGGAUCUACCUCAUCUGCGUACGCUGGACCAUUUAGGAUUCCAUUUACCUACAGGAUCUCUUUUCAAGUUCAAGGUUCUAGUGGCUGUGGUUCCGCUCUAAGAUUUGCACCCAAGAACGAGGACAGCAAGCUGGGAAUAGUCACGCGAGUCCAUAUGGCGCUUCGCGGUGUGGCAAAAACUAUGACGGGACAGUGCUAAUAAUCGUUUUUCUAAAGGGCCCCAUUUGGAACCUAUCCACUGCACGUUUCCUUAUUGAUUGAGAACUUUUUACAUUGCAAUUCUACCAACGAUGAACUGUGUCUUAUGAUCCUCGUUUCGUGUUUGUUUAGCAGUUAUUGAAUAAAAUCUUUUCGGGCUCACGAACACGUUGUUGAUGAUGAAGAUUACUAGUUUUGCUCUAAUAUGCGACUGGAGAAGCAGCACCUUUGGGGGACGUUUACGGAUCUUUUGCGCAUGACGCACCGCCGUGACGCCGAGCUCUACCGUAUUGUGUAUUUUGACCUGCUCAAGGACUUCGUGGAUGACAUUGUUGACGAGGACGAUGAGGAGAAGCGCAAAUACCUCUACAUGGCUUGUUCGCCCUAUCCUCAGGAUCACCGCUGCCCCUACGCGAUCCGCGCGGUGCUCGCGGAGGACGGGUGGUCCGAACUGACCGACUACUCUCUGAAAAGAAAGUACUACUCUAUGUACAGAACUGAGCUGUCGUUGGAUACAGAGGAUGAGGAAAAGUCGAAGAACCUGUUCAAGCUUAGCGCCAUGGCUUUCAUCGACGUCUGCGUCCCUGAGAAAUGGAAUCAUUUUCACUUCUUGUUGCCAGAUGAACACUACCAGGCUCUAGCGGAGAAGCUCAUGGCCGAGGAGGAACGGAAGCGCGGCUUCAUCGAUCUAUCGCAGAAAAAGGCCAAGAAUAAAAACGAAGAGAAGCGCAUGGCCAAGGAAAAAGCAGAGAAAGAGGUACUGGAUUCAACUAGGACUUUGAAUUGUGCUGUCACUUGGUAUCUCUAUCUUCAUAUUGUUGCCUGAUAUAACUGUGCAUAUGCUGAAUCGUAAAUGAUUGUGUUAUUCAUUCUACUCAAUCAUGUGCAGUAUCGAGAUGACAGAGCUGAAACUCUUUUUCUCGACCAGAUGAAAGUGGCAACUUGUUGUAAAAGCCAGUGUUGCUUGUUAGCUUCGGUCUUGCUAGCUCGUGGCUUUCGUGUCUUGAUAACUGCUGCAUGCCUUUUUACCUGGCGUAACUAUGUCUGACCACUGGCUGCUUCAUUUUGUGAUCGUCACUGUAUCAACAGCAAAUGGUGUCGAUGUUUGAUUCCAGUGACACCGAUGAAGAUGACUAUUUCAAAGACGACGAGAUGGAUGCGGACUGUCGCAGAACCGACAAGGACCGCGAGCGUAUGAACAACGAGGUUCUCUUGGAUUAAGGCUCUCAAUAAGGAUUCACUUCCACAGAAGAUUACACAUUUUCAUGUUUCUUUUUGUUGUCCUCUGUUGUUCAUCUGAUAUGCGAAUAUAUGGCGACCUUUACCACUUACUUAUGUAGUUGGGAAAUGGAUUAUGGUGGGCUCUAAUCGGAUCUUAUGCGACAGGACGAGACGAUCAUGGAAUCCGGUCUGUUGGGUCUCUCGCACCAAGAACUGCCAUGUUAUUAUGCUACUAGGUAGCAUGCCUAUUAUUCACUGUAUCAUGCAGGUCGAUUUUGCCUUACAGCCCUUGUUCAUGGUUGUGCAGCCUUGUGCAGUGGCUCUCAGAAUUUGAUGGUUUCCUAUAGAAGAUGAUUGAGAUAUCCACUAUGCAUGUACAGGAUAUGGAAAAGCUCGCUAGAAAGGAGGUUUUUUUCGAAGAUCCUGUAAAAGUUGGAUGAUUUGUGGUUUGCUCUUUAUCGAUUUCAUAUUUGCCACUCGUGGAAAGAAUCGUUUGUUCAAAAUGAAUGCAAUUGAUAGCAUUCGAUUCUAAGUCAUUGUUCUGUGGAAUUUGGCACGUGCCCUGCGGAUCACCAUGGUGGGGCUGCAGCCUGGUGGAUGCUUGACCGUUAUCUGGGGUUCGACUCCUCUGCAUGCUACGUUUUUCUGGUUGCGACACUCUUUGCAGCCAUUCUUUGAUGAGGUGAAUAUGUUGAGUUCGCCGUUCCCUUCUACUUAAGACCACGAAACACCCAUCUGCAGCUGGAGCAUCUAUUGCCUGAAGAGAGGUGCCUGAAGGUACCUUGCUUCGGCAGCGAGAUUGGCAUUCUGUUGGCUGAACUAGUAGGUUCGGGAGUAAGCACCGCAGACACAAAAGAGGUAAAGGAUGUUCAAACAGAUGGGUCGGCACUAGUUUGUCUAACUCACCGAGUCGCUUCUAGUCUGCACUGGGUUUAACGCCACGGUCAGUAGUGUAGAUGCAUUCAACUACUUCUUAUCGCGGCCGCAGCGAGGUCUCGGCGUCGACGAUAUACUCCUUUGGACGUUUGGAGGUGCUACUAAUGAUGUUCAAAUUUUCAUUACGCUCUGGUACGAAAUUGAUUCAACCUUUUAGAGAUAAGUAACAAGGGUUGGCUUCGUCCAACUGCUACACGCAAAGGACAUGACCAUGCACACAAAAGCGCACACACACACACCCACAUCUGCGCUCUGAGUAGCACGAGGAUUUUGAUCAUUAUCAUUACCGUCAUCUAUUUCUCCAUCGUCAACAUCUUCAUUGUAUUCGACAGAUGGCUACACGACUUUGGGGGAGAUGUACGACAGAGACAAACGGGAGUUCGACGAUCUACUCGCGGACUAUUUGACGAAGGUGCUAAAGAUGGAAAGAUACACCAUUGACGUCGAGAAGGAGAAGGUUCUGCAAGAAAUAGAACGCAUGAAAGAGGAAAUGCGGGAAGCUGAGCGCCUGCGGUUGCUCGAAGAGGAGGGAGAAGAGGAAGGCGAGGACGCGGAGAGCAAGAAGAAGAGAAAAACUGGAGGGAGUACCUACACUUAUUGAUUUACUUAUAUAUAAUUCUUUAGUGCACAGCGAAGUACAACCACUAGAGAGUAUCCACAGACUCUUUAGGAACGGCCAUUGGUUUUUUGUAGCAUUAUUCACAAUCCUAUCAUCUAGAAUGUUCUUGCUCAUUGUUUUACUUGGGUACUGCAUAUUAAGAACAACAACUAUAUUUUUUUCACGAUUUCGGAAAGGUCCCCGUCGAAAACGCGGCAAGAAUGGUGAGCAAGACGACGAGAAGGAGGGUGAAGACGGCAAGGACGGAAAGAGCAAGAAGAAGGGCAAUAAGAGCAAGGUGGGACGUAGUGACAGCGUGAAGAUAAAACGCGGUGGCAAGCAGGAGGGCUUCGCGACGGGUGACGCUAGUCGAGAGCUUCAGGAAGGAAACAGACUUAUGAAUAAGGUAAAGAUCAAGAUAGCUGAACCUAGUAUGGAGAUCGGUUGGAGAAAAUUCCAAUAAAAAAGUGAGCAAUGAGAUAAGUGGGUUAGAUAUCCAUGUCUUUGAUUCUGUUCAUGUCUUGCCAACGGGUGCGACGAACAAUCGUGAUGGCAUCAGGGUUGAAAGGAUCGCAGCUGGAGCGUCUCGUGCGUUUCCGGAAUCGCGAGCCCGAUGAUGAUGCGCCACCGGAGGUGCUGCAUAUAGUUUCCAACGCACUCGACGAUGCCAGCCCGUGGAACAACCGCGUCACCGCCGUCGGCAAUAUCAGCGCAGAUCCCACCAGCACUUUGCCGCGAGUUAGCCGUGAGUUUAUUGACAACAUUUCUACGGCAGUUUUAGCCACGAUGAAACCAGCCGGACUGCAGCCCAUGCGGCCCACAGAGUUCAACCCCUUCCGCAACAAGCUGCGGAAGUUGAUAGGCAAACGGGAGGACGAAGCCAAGCAGAGCUUGGCGGCACAGCCCAAACGCAAGGCACUCGCACGUGGCGCGGAUCCAGAUUCUGAGGAAGAGGAUGACGAUUUCGGCGAACUACCGGACGACGAAGGUACAGCUGCGAGUCCCACAAAGAAAGGAAAGGACGCCGCAUCACAUCAAGAUUAUGAGACGACAAAUUCGAAAAUGAUCAUGAGGCGCUCGUAUCAUGCAUCAUUUUGUAUCAUUCUCAUUUGUGGGGCUGACUUCGGUCUCAGCCAUCAUGUUUCAUAAUGAAUGUGCGUUUUCGAGCAGGUCUUCAGGAUAAGUAUCAGGUUUUCUUCAUGAUUGUGAAACCCCUCGUCCUCUCUGCUUCAUGGUGAGUCGGUGACCAAGCACGAAACUAGCAUGAUCCGCAUGGUCAACAAGAAAGGUGGCCGAGCGCGCGAGAGCAGUCCAGGCGGAAGCCGGUAUAGUCCUGGAGGCACGCGGACAAGCCCUGGAGGUGGCAAGUACGAUGCUAGUAGUCCUGGUAGGCCAGGGUACAAGUUCAAGUCUGGCGGCAGCUCGCACGAGAGCGAAUACGCUGAGUUUUAUGCAUCUACUGUUUCACUUCCUCUUCCUUGUGACAAAUCAAGUUUUGUAAUGGUGGUUGGUCCAACUGACCAAAGGAGCGUAUUUACAAAUAUCAGGUCCAAGGAGAAGGUAAAGCGUACCGUCAACAUUGCGGGAUCGUAGGAACACACUCUAAUUCACUCUGGCAUCUCUGAAGGGCCCAUCACAUACUCGGUGGGAGCGGCCGUGGCGUGCCGGGGAUGGCGGCAAGGUGAACCCGAUACCGGCGGACCUUCAGAGCAAGCCUUCCGGCGCGUAUCCAAGACCCGUGCAUCUGUUAAGGCAAAAAGGGCUACUAACUUGUUGAUACUCACGCUACUCUUAUUCUUAUCGUACGUGGUUAGUAAGAUAUAUUAAUAGGAGAGAUUUUUCAUAAGGAACUUCAUGGUGCCACGUGGACAUUGAUAUUUGUGUUCACGACUUGGAUCAUAAAUCGCAGAUACAAUGUGUCCUAAGAAAUCUCUCUGACGUACAAGUAUGGCUCUAAAUUUCGCGACUACUCUGGGUGUGUCCUCGCUGGACCAUAUCACCAACGCAGCAUUGCGCGAGAAGUUCGAGGAGGAGGUAGAACCAGGUCUGGAAUUCGAGAAGCGGGAUUUGGUGGAUCUCAUUUCCGAGAACAACCUGCACAUCCUACGCGACUCUGGAGACGUGAACAUAAAGCAAAUGUACAACAUGUGGCGCGAUCAGUACGACGAAUGGCGCAAAAAGCGCGGCCUCGUGCCGAAAGACGAUCAACCCGAGAAAUGAGAUCGUGCGUCGUUGAUCUGUCUUCGCGCUAUAGCGAAAGGUAAAGCGCUAGGACCGAUGGAAGCCCUGCGACGGCUUGUGACCUGUCUAAAUCUAAUGUGCUAGCACUUCUCUAUCACCUGUCUUAAAUUCCAUUUGUUGCCUUUGAUUCUUGGGAGAUUUAUGAUUGUACCUUUUUAGUUUGUCGAAUGGAUGCCAUGCGGAGGACAUGCAUUCCUCUAAAGUUGACGUUGCUUGUGAACAUUGUAGCAGAAUCACUAAGUUCAUGCCAGCAAGCACAGUUUCGGUUUCCUGUUCCGUUUCGCUAUUCCAUCUGAUAGACGUAGUUGCAGCGCAUGCCUUUUUGCGCCCUAUCUGGGGAAAAAAUCAGCUCAUUACUUUGCGACUUUUUUCACGAGAACUAAACUUACAUUUGUGCGGUCGCUACUCGUUGCUCCUUGAUGCCUCGGUGCGUCGUAUGCGUCGUUGGGCCGAUCGAGAUUGACGUUUUGACUAUGGUGCCCAUACUACGAUCGAAAUUAACUGAGGCCUCGCGCUAGUAGUUGCACGUUUGGCGUUUCGAGUUUCUCUAGAGUUUUGUGAGAAAUUAAAGAGCAGUUGUAGACAAUCGUUGCACAGUGCAGUGUCAGACAGAAAGAGAGACUUGAUUGUUGCUUUUGCACACCGGAAAGAGUCUCGAUUGACGUAUUCAGUCUUUUUCGAAUCAUCGACUUAACAUCGAAAGCGGAAUCGAUGACUUCAAUAUCGCGCAUCCCCACGGACAGAAGUUCUCGUUCGGGGUGCUUGGCGCUGGUCCGAUAAGCUUCUGCUUUGCCUGUUUGUCCGUUGUUCUCGACUGGUCACCUUGAUCAAGAAGACGCGGCGACAUGUCGUAGAAGAGCAUGC